AUGGCUCUCCUUGUUGACAAGCUGCGGCCACGCAAUCUCGAUGCUCUCUCAUACCACCCUGAGCUUUCUGAUCGCUUGCGCUCAUUGGCGCAAAGCGGAGACUUCCCUCAUCUACUUGUCUAUGGACCCUCGGGGGCUGGAAAGAAAACACGCAUUAUCGCAACACUGAAGGAGCUGUACGGUCCCGGUGUUGAGAAGAUCAAGAUUGACGCCAGAGUCUUCCAAACGACGAGUAAUCGAAAGCUAGAAUUCAACAUUGUGUCUUCCGUCUACCAUAUGGAGAUCACCCCAGCAGAUGUCGGAAAUUAUGACCGAGUCGUGGUUCAAGAAUUGCUCAAAGAGGUUGCACAGACACAGCAGGUGGAUCUCGGCGCGAAGCAGCGUUUCAAGGUCGUCGUUAUCAACGAGGCUGACCACUUGACGCGUGAUGCCCAAGCUGCUCUCAGACGUACAAUGGAAAAAUACAGUCCUAACCUGCGAUUGAUCCUUUUGGCCAACAGCACCUCCAACAUCAUCGCACCCAUCCGUUCUCGAUGCCUGCUGGUCAGGGUCGCGGCGCCUACCGAGAGCGAUAUCUGCUCUGCGCUCCAGGCGGCAGGGAAAAGAGAGGGCUGGACAGAGUCCGAAAUGUUGAACCAGAGAAUCGCAAAGGAGAGCGGGCGCAAUCUGCGUCGCGCACUCCUCAUGUUUGAAUCCAUUUAUGCGCAAAAUGAGAAGGUCACGGACAAGACUCCAAUCCCUCCACCGGAUUGGGAGGCCCUUGUGACUCUGACUGCAGAUGAGAUCUUGGCUGAACGUUCACCAGCUCGUCUGCUACAGGUUCGCGCUCGUCUCUACGAUCUCUUGACUCAUUGCAUCCCGCCAACUACUAUUUUGAAGACUUUGACCUUCAAGCUUGUCGCGCGAGUUGACGAUGCGCUAAAGGCCGACGUGAUCAAGUGGUCCGCCUUUUACGAGCAUCGUAUCAAGUUGGGAAGCAAAGUCAUUUUCCACCUCGAAGCCUUCGUGGCCAAGUUCAUGCGCAUUUACGAAAGUUAUCUCAUGGGCAUGGACUUCUAA